AUGGAAGAGGCCUCGCGACAACGAAAGGAACGACUAGAGGCGUUGAAGAAACGAAAGCUAGCUUUUGAAGAAGCUAGCGAGACUCUGGAGAAGCAGGCAGACAAAAUAACGAAGGAGGUCAAAGCUACCGAAGAGAUUAAACGCACAGAAGAAGUGGAUCUAUUCAAUUUAGCGCCAAAGAAACCAAACUGGGAUCUCAAACGUGAUGUGGAAAAGAAGUUGGCGAGGCUUGAUAGGAAAACGCAAGCUAGUAUAGCUAAAUUGAUAAGAAUGAGACUUCAGAGUGAAUCUGCAGAUGAUGCUACCGUUGAUCUGGCAGACGCCGUUAAUGCACAACAGAAAGCCGACUCAGAUGACGAUGACUCUGAUUAA